GCUCUCUCUGAUUGGCUUGGGCAGCCAUCCGCUGUGGCCUGCCAGGAACCCCAGUCGGGCCUUUGAUCGAUCUACUUGCUUAGACCAGCCCCGCCAUUGAAGCUCCCCUCUGUUCCCCCACCACAACUGACGUCGCGGACAGGGCCUGCACGUCGUCCAGAGGCUGAAUUCCAAUCUAGACCGUUCCUCUUGCAAGCAAAUAAACACCACAUGGGCGCAGUUGCAUCGAAUUCACCCAUUCUCGUAUGACCGAAUACGAUAAUUGACUUUCUCUGAUAUCCUUGUUCACCACGUAGCCGAAAGAAGUGCUGCCAGUCGUGCGGCGCAAAGAAGUGGCCGGUUGGACAAGAGCAAGGUUGGCCAGGGCAGGAGAUCAAGCUCCUCCAGAUCCCGCUGGGAAUACAUAUAAGCCAUCAUCGGCCCUUCUCUUUUGUUUGUACCGGCCAGUCCACCUAGUCUUCAUCAACACCUUUUCUCAGUUCACCUUGCACCCAAGAUGGAGACCCCAGCGAUUCCCAUGCCCAACGAUGCGCGGGAGCAGGAGAUUCUGCAGAAGCUCACGGCUAUCCGGGAUCAACUGCUGCUCCUAAAGAUGGACCGAACAAAGUACAUUCGGAGCCAAGAUGUCAUGGUGCAUUACCAGGAACUGGUGGAACAAGUCAAGCUGCUGAACGAGGUCCGAAAAGGGGCACAUCCAGGGGAGAACAGACUCGACAAGGUGCUCGAGAGCUGUUUCCAACUCAUCUCCCUUUUCUUUAUGACGAUUGGGCGAACAACCGACGUUCCCGCCGCCUAUGCCCUGACCUCGACUGUGAAGCGACUCCUCGAUCAUCUCACAGAAGCCGGUCUCUUCUCGCCAAAAGAUCUCGACAGCCUUUCGGAUACACUGGGAAGGUUGGAUGGGAUCUUGAAGAACGCGAACACACAACAUUCACCAUACCUGGUCGAACUCCUUUCCAAACGCGAAGAGCUAUGCAAGACGAUGCUUGCAAAGUUGCGGGAAAAGCUGGACGAGCUGGAUAAACCUUUGCAGGCCAUCUAUGAGAGGUUAAUAUCUAUCAUGAGAUCAAUGUCGCUUGCCAACACCAAGACAAAGUUCGCCACAUCCGAAGUCCAGAAGCUGCAAGCAAAGCUCAAGGAGAUUGAAGAGUCCAGAGUGGAUGGCAAGUUUGUUGAUGAAGAAGGGAACGAAAUCCGUGGCAGCGACCUAGUCUCAGCACUUCUGGCGAGGUGUUUGAGGUGGUCAGAUAUCGUGUUGGAGAGAAAGGGGCAAAUACCUGAAGCUUUCAGAACAAAAUACGAGAUUCUCACCGGUGUGCGCAACGAUCUUGAAAAGCUUUCCAUCACGCAAGCGUGGUCCCUCCGAGAAACCGAUUUGUACGAUUUCCAACGAGAGCUCGACAAGAUUGACGAGAGUAGGGUGGACGGGAACUGGGUCGACGACGAGGGCAACCCUGCCGAACUGUACGUUCAACGAACGCUGCUUUACCUCAUCAGACGCAGCUACGGCUACAUUUAUUACCUGAUGAACUCGUCUGAACCAGUGUCAGAGGCGUUGUUACCGGUGUACAACCAGUUGCAGACGUUGAAGAGGUGUCUGGUGGAGGUCAAAAACUCGGGAGGCGUGAGCUCGGUUAGGGAGUUAUAUCCUUAUAGCAUGAAGCUUAAUUCAAUCGACAACAUGCGCGUCGAUGGCAAGUUCAUGGUUGGCAACGACAUUCCAGAGGGACAGGGAAGUGUCAGUGAGCUGCUGGCUGAGUGCUUUGACCUCAGCUACGAGCUCAGGGUGGCCGCGGAAGAACUGGAAGAUGGCAGUGCUGAUAGCUAGCUGGCCAUGUUCGUUUCGGUUAUAUGAUAUUUCGGGUUUUUGGGAGCAUGGUUUUGCGCCAAGAUAUGUUGCUGAUGUCGUUAUGAACGGGUUGAUGACAAUAAUUGGGUGUAAUCGUACCCGAAGCUGAUUUUAGAGCACUGGUAUUUAUGGCGUGCCAUAAUGGAUUUUGAGGUUUGACAGGAACAGCCGCCAUAGUUUUUACUUUGGGUCAUUUGAAGAGUUUCCUAGCGAGCUCGGGAUUGCAGUUAGACCAUUGGUUCC